AUGCCUUCUGAAUCCCAGGCCUCGCUGGACCACGGCCCCGCCUGGUUCUCCUGUAUCUUGCGGAGCUCCUGGACCGGCGCUUCCCAGAGGCGCGGCGCUGAGUCCCGGAAGCAGGACCUGAACCUGGAAGAGGAGGGGCAAGCAGCUUCCUGCUUCCUCCUCCCCGCACACUGCAGAGGGAACGGGCCCCACUGCCUCCUCCUCCCGCACACUGCGGGGGGAACGGGCCCCACUGCCUCCUCCUCCCCGCACACUGCAGAGGGAAUGGGCCCCACUGCCUCCUCCCCGCACACUGCAGAGGGAAUGGCCCCCACUGCCUCCUCCUCCCCGCACACUGCGGGGGGAACGGGCCCCACUGCCUCCUCCUCCCCGCACACUGCAGAGGGAAUGGCCCCCCCCACUGCCUCCUCCCCGCACACUGUGGGGGGAAUGGCCCCCACUGCCUCCUCCUCCCCGCACACUGCAGAAGGAAUGGCACCCACUGCCUCCUCCUCCCCGCACACUGUGGGGGGAACGGCCCCCACUGCCUCCUCCUCCCCGCACACUGCGGGGGGAAUGGCCCCCACUGCCUUCCCCGCACACUGCGGGGGGAAUGGCCCCCACUGCCUCCUCCUCCCCGCACACUGCAGGGGGAAUGACCUCCAUAUUUUAAUGUGGUGGCUUCUCUGGUCACUCACAAUCCAGCACUAGCACACAGCAGUCGGGGAAGUCCCGUGGGUGUGAUACACCCUGUAUUUUGAAGGCUGUACAUGAAAAAGAAUGUAGAGAAUCUGAAUGCAUUUUAUGUGUAGAUUGCAUGUUGAAAUGAUGCUGUUGGGAUAUA